GCCAGCACCAUUGCUCGCACCGCUCAUUCGCUCUUUUUUGGUUAACGGAACAACAACCUCUGGAAAGAAACCCUCGCGUUCUGCUUCCCAAACUGUCAGUUCUAAACGAGAACCCACAACGUGCGUGUGUGCUUUGAGUGCUGAAGUGUGAACAUGAGGACACACUAAAUCGGAAAGUCGAGAACUUUUCUGAGAAUUAAAUAAAAAUAUUGAAUAUCAGAAAUAAACUAAAAAAAAAAACUAUUAAAAAUGCAUUCCAUCGAAGAGAUGUUGGUGGAGAAGAACUACAGCAAGUGCCCGCUGAAAAAGCGACCAGUGAACUACCAAUUCGAGGCUCUGCCCAACCACAGUUCCAACACCAACGAACCGCAGGAUCUGUGCGUCAAGAAAAUGGAGAUCAUGGACGAGAGUCCCUCCGAGGAGCUCAUCAACGUCAGUGACUGCUGCGAGGAUGAGGGCGUGGAUGUGGACCACACGGACGACGAGCACAUGAAGGACGAGGACGACGAGGAUGAGGUGACGGUGGACGGAGACAUCGACUCCGAUCCGAACCAGACACAGGCGGCCGCCCUGGCCGCUGCUGCUGCGGUGGCUGCCGGCGCUGCUGCCGUGGCCGCUGCCGCUGCCUCGGUGGUGGUGCCCACGCCCACCUAUCCCAAGUAUCCGUGGAACUUCCACAUGUCGCCGUACACCGCCGAGUUCUACCGGACCAUCAACCAGCCGGGAGCCGCCGCUGGCCACCAGAUCUCGCCACUGCGCGGCGACCUCAUGGCGCCCAGUUCGCCGAGCGACUCCCUGGGCUCCCUGUCGCCGCCACCCCACCACUAUCUGCACGGCCGGGCCAGCUCCGUGUCGCCACCAAUGCGAUCGGAGAUCAUCCACCGACCGAUCGGCGUCCGCCAGCAACACCGUUUCCUGCCCUACCCCGCCCUGCCCAACUACCCGGCUCUGGGAUAUCCCCACCACCACCAUGCUCCCAUUUCGCCGGCCUACUCCGAGAACUCCUACUACUCCAUGCGCUCGAUGACUCCCGAGUCGAGCUGCAGCUCCUCGCUGCCGGAGGACUUGUCGCUGAAGCACAAGCCCCUGAAGACCAACCAACUGGACCUGGUGGCUCCCAAGACAGAGGCCAACGGCGACAUGUCGCCAGCUCCGGCUAGUGGUUCCUCGUCGGGAUCAGCGAAAAAGGACAAGAGCCAGCCUCCGCGCUACCAGUGCCCCGACUGCCAGAAGAGCUACUCCACCUUCUCCGGGCUGACCAAGCACCAGCAGUUCCACUGCCCGGCCGCCGAGGGCAACCAGGUGAAGAAGUCGUUCAGCUGCAAGGACUGCGACAAGACGUACGUGUCCCUGGGCGCCCUCAAGAUGCACAUCCGCACCCACACCCUGCCCUGCAAGUGCAAUCUGUGCGGCAAGGCCUUCUCCCGCCCGUGGCUCCUCCAGGGUCACAUCCGCACCCACACCGGCGAGAAGCCAUUCAGCUGCCAGCACUGCCAUCGUGCCUUCGCCGAUCGCUCCAAUCUGCGCGCCCAUCUCCAGACCCACUCGGACAUCAAGAAGUACUCCUGCAGCAGCUGCUCCAAGACCUUCUCCCGGAUGUCGCUCCUCACCAAGCACUCCGAGGGCGGCUGUCCGGGCGGCAGCUCCAGCAGUGGGGGAUCCGCCAGUGAGCUCUCCUACUCCGGCUAUGCCGAGCCUUGAAAAGUUGAAAAAAGGACAUCCAUUGCGGAUCCCAGCCAUGUUCCACCAAAAAUUAGUUCCUAGCUCUCUUAGGCAGCUCAAGUUCCCAAAAACAAAAAAAAAAAAACGACAAAAAUGAAGAAAAAGAUAAUCCCAGUGCAGACACACAAUUUCAAGAAUUUUAAUUUUUUAUUUUCUAGUCAGAAUUUUCUCCGAAAAACGAGAAAAUUAAAAAAUUACAUUUAUAAUUCGUACAAAAAAAAAAACAAUUUUGAAACUCUACCCGAUUUGAAAACAUUUAAAAGUGUGUCCCAAUCCUAUCAUAACUUUGUAAAGUAUUCUUUCAAGUAUCCUAUAUCCUGUAUCCAUUAUCCUUUAGCCAUUAUCCUUUAUCCUGUACAUAAUGUAUUAUGUCUAACUGUAGACUCUAAGCUGAGGACGAACUAGCAAGCAAGAAACUCGAGACAAUCUUAAGAAAUCUGUACAUUUAAAUGAUAAGAAAAGAAAGCAAGCCGACAUCUCUAUUUUAUAUAAUACUGUACUGUAGUAGUAUUCCUAGCGUAGCUCGUAGAUCGUAAAAUAUUUUUGAUAUGACCACCCCCUUUUUGCGCAUACAUUGAAAAUGUUCUACUUUAAUCGAAUUAGAAUUAAGCGAAGAAGCACACACAUAUUUUGAUACGGAAAUGUUUUGUAAUUUUAAGUAAUUUAUUACAUCAAGCGGAGAAUGAAGAAAAUACAUUUAUUUACAAACUACAAA